CAAUUGAGAGAAUUGGUGAGAAUACCAACACGUGAGACAUCCACUUCAGAAAUGGACUCUCCUUACAGUCCUGACACUUCUGGUGGUCCAGAUCCUCUUGAUGGUCUGGACACCCAUGAUGGUCUGGACACUUGUGAUGGUCCAGAUACGACCACUGUUUCAGAUAAUCCUGAUGGUCCAGACAGCCCUGAUGGUACAGACACUUCUGAUGGUCCACAUAAUCCUGAUGGUCCAGACAUUCCUGAUGGACCAGACACUACUGAUGGUGCGGAUAUUCCUGUUGGUUCAGAUAAUCCUCAUGAUCCGGACACUCCCGAUGGUCCAGACACUCCUUACAGUCUGGGCACUUCUGAUGAUCCUGAUCCCUCUGAUGUUCAUGAUACUUCUGAGGGGCCCAGUACUCCUGUUGGUCCCAUAACUUCUGAUGGUUCCAGUCCUUCUGAGAGUCCCCGUGUUUCUCAUGGUCCCAAUGCUCAGGAUGGUCCUGAAUCUCCUGCUCCUCUUGCUGCCCUUCUGGAUCGUGCUAUUUCUGCAGAAGCUGAUGUUCCUGCCCCUCUUUCUGUUCCUGCCGAUGGUCCCGCAUCUCCUAAUGCUGCUGACUAUGAUGAUAAAGAACAUGCUCUACAAGUUGCUAAAGUCGUUCACACUAAGGAGAAAAAUGAUAAAAAUGAAAGUGCCUGUCCUUUGGAGAAAGUAAACAAACGUGAAAUUACAAAAAGUCCAUUGAAAAAAUUGGUGAGAACAUCAACACCUAAGACAUCUACUGCAGAAAUGGACAAAUUGAUGGAAGUGAACGGUCAUCCCGUGUCAGAGUCCACUGUCAGAUUGGAACGUAAUGAUCAUGCAUUUCCUUACAAAUGUCUAAGAAAGAAAAGAGCCUAUCCAUUGGGAAAAGGAAAUAAAAGUGCAAUUACAAAAAGUCAAUUGAGAGAAUUGGUGAGCAUACCAACACCUGAGACAUCCACUGCAGGAAUGGACUCAAUGAUGGAAAUCAACAGUCUUUCCGCAUCAGAUUCCACAGUUGGAAAGGAAAACAAGUAUAAAGUAGUUCCAUACAAAAGGCUAAAGGAAGUCAAUAAUAGUGAAAAUGAUAUAACUGUAAUAGGAAAUGAAGAAAUGGAAAAACAUAAAGGUUUCUUGCACUUAAAUUGGAAACUAGGAACAGCACAUAAGAAACACAUUAAAAGGAGUGAGCCCCCCUGCCCUCUGGCAGAAGAAAAGAAGAGUGAAAACAGUAAGUUCACUACAUGGGAAUCCGUGUCUGCAUCAACCCGAGAAAGGUCUCCUGUUGAAACGGACACUGCGCAGCCAGCGCAAGUUGACGGCAGUCACGUGCCUGGUGACCUACACCACACCGGGAGAAGGGCUGCCGAGAAUACAUCUACCGAACUCCACAAGGUGGGCGAGAGAGUUGAUAGAAGGAGCAGACGAUUUCACUCAUUCAGCAUAAACAACUUCAGACGCCUUAUCUUCUUCAGGUCCUACGAGGUCCUCUGAAGUCUUUGGUGUUCAAUUGAGAACUCAAGUCAUAAUCCUCCUCCACGUUUAAGAAGAACAAAAUACAUCUUUGCAUUUUGCAGAAACACUUACUAAGAUUAAACAUAGUGAUCUUUUAUGAUUACUUUAAUUACA